AGUGUUCAUGCCAGACGUGUAUUUUUCGAUCACGUUUGAAGCGAAACAUUACACGCAUCGCUUCCUUUUUUCGAAACACAUUUUAUUUGUUUGCAGACGCAUGAUUGAAAAAUGUUCCAAGUCGUUCGCAAUCGUGUUUUACCUUGUUGGAGGUCUAUUAUCGUUGUAUUAGCUCCACUUCUACUUCUUCCGCUACCAUUGUCAAGAAUGAAGGAAGCCGAAUGUGGUUACGUCAUUUUGAUAAUGGCUAUUUUCUGGAUGACCGAAGCGCUUCCUCUACCCGUAACGAGUUUGAUUCCGGUAGUUGCCUUGCCACUCUUUGGCAUUAUGGAAACGAGUGACGUGUCUACGGCCUACAUGAAGGAUACCAAUAUGAUGUUCAUUGGUGGCCUUAUACUGGCUCUGGCUAUUCAAUUUUGCAAUUUGCAUAAAAGAGCCGCUUUGGCUGUGCUUUUGCUCGUCGGUGCUAAGCCAAGAUGGUUAUUGGCUGGCUUCAUGGGAACUACAGCUUUUCUGUCUAUGUGGAUCUCCAACACAGCAACAACGGCCAUGAUGGUGCCAAUCGUGGACGCCGUUGCUGCCGAAUUGUACAAGGAAGACGACGUGGAAAUGGUGAGAUCUAUUUCUCAAUCGACAGUGGCUACCAGUUCUGGUAGUGUAGAAGAGCUAGUCCCAUCCGAAUCGAUAGAAAGAGCAAAACAAUCAGCAGCGGCAGAAGCUGAGCGGAGGAGAAAAGUCCGGGCUGGAAUCAUGAUUUCCACAUCAUAUUGCUCAGUCAUCGGAGGAACUGGAUCUCUGAUCGGAUCUUCACCUCAAUUAGCUUUGAAAGGAAUCAUUCAAGAGACUUUUGGAGCGACGGAAUUGAAUUUUGCAAGCUGGAUGGCUUUUACCGUUCCCGGCAUGUUCAUUAACCUGCUCUUUGUUUGGGUUUGGCUUCAAGUGAUCUUUAUAGGAUUAUGCAGGCGAACGGACGGAGGAAGAGAAAAAGAAGUAAUCAAAGUGAUCCGUCAAAAGUUCAAAGAUCUCGGCCCAAUGACAUUCCACGAAAUCGCUGUUCUUGUUCUCUUUAUCCUCUGUGUUGCGCUCUGGUUCUUCCGUGACCCAGGAUUCAUGCCCGGCUGGGCAGAGUUAUUUGGGAGCGCAGAGAAGGUUGAUGACGCAACAGCUGCUAUGCUCAUCGUCGUGCUGCUAUUUAUUAUUCCUGCCAAGUCCCCGUUUGGUUGCCAAGAAGAACAGUCAGAAACUGACGGUGGAAGCCACAAACCCAGCUCGGCUCUCUUAGAGUGGAAGUACGUUCAAGAUAGACUUCCUUGGGGAGUCAUUCUUCUCUUAGGUGGAGGUUAUGCUUUAUCUGAUGCUACUAAAAAAUCUGGAUUAUCUAAUUGGAUUGGUGUGCAACUGGCCGGUAUGGUAGUUUUACCCCCAUUCCUCAUUAUGCUAGUUGUUUGUGUUAUCACGGCAGCUAUAACCGAGGUUGCAUCUAAUACCGCAGUGGCCAACAUAUUUCUUCCGAUUCUUGCUGACACGGCGAUAGCAAUCCGAAUCAAUCCUUUAUACUUCAUGAUACCCGUGACGGCCACUUGCUCAUACGCUUUCAUGCUGCCAGUAUCCACUCCACCCAAUGCGAUCGCAUUCGCCGCGGCAAAUAUGAAACCAAAUGAAAUGAUGAAAGCCGGCUGGUUUAUCAAGUUGGUGUGCGUUAUCGUCAUAUGCGUCACUAUGGAGACGUGGGGUAACGUUGUGUUUGGAAGCAAACAAUUUCCAGAAUGGGCUAACGUCACCGCAAUCACCUUGCGUACUUAGCACAAUAUCCUGUUUUAUCUAUUUCCAUUGAACUUUCCCUGAUACGAAGUGGAGUCCUUAAAAGCCAUCUGUUUUGACAUACGUUUGAAAGCCGAUAUGUUGAGCAAACACUGUGAUGUGAUGGUAUAAGUUAUUCAGCCUGACCAUAAAAAUUUAUUUGAAAAAACUUUAGCCUAAGCAUGGCAGAGUGACUUA